AUGGCCGAGCUGGCCGAGAGGCUGCGAGCCCGGCGGCACCUGGAGCAGGCCGCGCCGCGGGGCGCGGCGCCGGAGUCCGAGAUGGAGACCGAACGCGAGCUUUAUCAGUGGGGGAGGGCGAUCCGUCAGCGGCAGCGUCAGAUCAUUCAGGCGCUGAGUGGCGAGACCGAGCCAUUGCGAGAUCAGCUCAGCCCGGAGCGGAAGCUGCGCGAGCGGCGCUCGGUGGUGGAUUCCAAGGGCACGCUCUUCCACGGCGACUCGGCGGCCAGCGCGGGCGAGGGCCCGAAGCGAGAAGCGGAGCCGUCGAUCGACCAGUGGGGGCGCGUGUCCUCGUCCGCGCCCCGGCCCCCUCGCGGCGGCGGCGAAGCCGUCACGGCAGUGAGCAGCGCCAGCGGGCGGCCCUUUGCCAGCGGCCGGCUGGCGGCCGCGGCAUCCGCAGUGACGCGCGAGCCCACCGGGCCGCAUAGCAACGUGGGGUCGGAGCUGAUGCGGAAGCUGCAGGCCCGCCGCGGCGUCGUGGACUCUGAGGGCAGCGCCUGGCAGAAGCUGCCCGAGCCGCAGCCUGUGGUCAGCAGGACCACGUCCGAGCAGACGCAGCCGGCGGUCAGCAGGAACGUGUCCGGCGACGCCGAGAGUUCACCCCGACCCCGCGGCGACCCGACGGCGCAGCCGGUGGCCAGCAGGACGGGGGCGCCCACUGCGCCUGCAGGGGCGGGCGGCGGCGGUGAGCUGGCGGCGGCCCUGCAGAAGCGGCGCUGCGCCAUGGAGGAGCCGCCCUCGCCCGAGCCGGCCCGGGAAGCAGAGGGCCCGGGCCCUCGCCGCGUGCCCGCCCGGCGCCCGUGCCAAUCUCAGGCGCUGCCGGCCGGAGGCGCGCAAGGCCUGCCUCUGCCGUGGGAGCGGCUCAGGCGCGGGGCCCUGACCUGGGCCUGCGAGUUCUGGGCGCCGAGGGCGCUGCUGCCGCCCCCCGAGGAGGGGGAGUGCCGGCCUGGGGUGCUCUGCCUGUCCGGCGAGGGCGAGGUGUUCGUCUGCGCGCCCGCGCCCGCGCCCGCGGGCGCUCCGGAGCAGGAGGACUACGCUUGCUUGCUCGUCUCGUUCAAGGCGCAGCUCUUGCUGUCCGUCUGCCGGUGGUCGGGGUCGCCCCACACCGUCGGGCUUUGCACGAAGGGCGCCGCGGACGAGGGCCCCCGCUCGGUGUUCGGCGGCCCCGCCGACCAGACCGCCCUGGUGGCGCGCCUCGAGUCCGAGGGGGAGGCGGCGGCCUUUCUCGCCGCCCUGGGAGGCCUGCUGCCCUGGCUCUCGGUGGCGUUCCUCGACGCGGAGCGCCCAGGGUCCGAGCUGGCGGCCUUGCCGCUGUUCACGGAGGCCUCGACGGUGGCCCCCGGCUCCGAGCGCGGGGACGUGGACGCGGACGCAGAGGCCUCCGACUCGGAGGAGGAGCUGAGCUGGCACGCAUGGAGCCAGAGCGGCCCUUGGGAGCUCCCGGGAGGCCGUGCUCCCUCCGAGCCAGAAGAGCCUCCCGGUGCGCCAGUGGAGAAGAUGGACGCGAAUGAUUUCUUGGAGGAGCUGGACAGGAAGCUGGACACGCAGGCCUUCCUGGAAGAGCUGGACCGCCUCGCCGGCUUCGCGUGA